AUGGCGACAAAGGACAAAAAAUCGUUCAAGAAGUAUGCCAAGAAACAUUUGGCGACGGUAAUUGAGAAUCGCCGAAAAGGCGCCAAAGUAAGGAAGGAGAAACUGGAACGUGUUGAAAAGAAAAAGACACGCGAGACGAAGGAGGCCCAGCGCGAGGAGCGUGAGCACCUGGAGCAGCUGGAGCGACUCAAAGACACAGACCCGGAAUUCUACUCGUACCUUGAGGAGGAGGACCCGACGCUGCUCCAGUUCGGAAAGGAGGACAUGGAUAUUGUGGACGAGGACGAGGGGAGUGAUGCUGAGACGGAGAUGGACGAGGACGAGGCCAAUGAAGACGAAGGUGAGGAAGACAACACUGACCAAGCUGCGAAUAACCUUGAGAGGACGGCGCUCCCACGCGUGACGCGGGAUGAGAUUGACCGCCUCGUGAAAGGGAAGAAGAUCGAGGCGUGUGUUGACAUUUUUGUCAGUGCCGUCCGUGAGUUGGGCUAUGGCGUAAAGGAAAACCCAAAAUCAAGCGCCACGCGCAAGUUUGAGGAUCCCUCACUGGUGAAGGAGUCGAUGCUGCGCGUCGCUCGCUUCAUUGGCUCGAACCUGAGCAGCGUUAUCACCGGCAAGGGGUCGUUCAAGUCGCACAAGACGCGCUUUCUAAUGCGGCGGCUGUUGCUUGCGCUCGUCGCCAGUGUGUCGGAGGGCAGCAUCGACCCUGUACUGACGUCGGGUCUUCUUCACGCACUCACACCUUUUGUACCACUGCUACAUUACAUGAAAGGUAUCACAAAGAUUGUCCUAAAGGCGUCCCUUUCACUAUGUUCUGCACCCGAGGAAUCAGUACGUAUCGCGGCGUACGUUGUAGUUCGCGCUGUUGCAACACGUGCGACGGGAACACGCUCGAUGUACCAGUCUGCUGCGUUCAAGGGUAUCUUUCUCACUCUCGUGCGAACUGCGCACCAUUACAACAUCCAUGAUGCUCCACUGAUAGCCUUUCUUAUGAAUUGUGUGGUGGACUUGUACGGCACUGACAUGGAGGCUGCGUACCAACAUAGUUUUGUUUACCUGCGACAAUUGGCUAUUUACCUUCGUGCUGCAUUGCAGCAGCAAACACAAAGCAACGUGCGCGCUGUGGUAAAUUGGCAGUACCUCAACGCCCUGCGCACAUGGGGGGCAGUGGUGUCGAAGUAUUCUGAGGCUUCUCAGUUGGGGCCCCUUGUACAUCCCGUUGUUCAGAUUGCAACCGGCAUGAUGGAUCUCUUCUCCUCCCCCCGUAUGUUCCCAAUGCACCUGCAGAUCAUUGAGAUCCUCAACCACAUCUCCCUCCGCGCUGAUGGUGUUUUUAUUCCCGUGGCACCGUACCUGCUGCGCAUUUUGACAUCACCGAGUAUAUCUCUUGACCACCAUUCGCAUGGGGGAAAGGAGACUGGCGAACCCGUGGAUCUGCAGUUCACGAUACGGGUGAAGAAGUCACAGGCGCGUAGCUCCAGCUACCAUUUGAGUAUGUGGUCCGAGUGUCUGUACCUUCUUACGGAGCAUAUGGCGACGCACAGCCACACUGUUGGGUUCCCAGAGGCUUUCUGGGCUGUGGAGGCCACACUCAAGCGGCUGCGCACUGAGGUGAAGGUGCCAAAGAUUCACUCGCAGUUGAGCGCGCUUCUCCGCCACAUGCAGACAACGAGUCAACGCAUCAUAGCGCGGCGCGAUCAAGCGAACAGCGGGCCAUGUGACCUGGCUGCUGUGAAGCAGAUGGAAGAUGACCUCAAGGCGGCCGGAAGUCCGCUGUCGACGUACCACCAAUCACUCCGUCAACAACGCAUGGAAGCCUUCGCCGCGAAGCAGAGGAAUGCCAAUGGCGGUGACCGUGCCACGUUGGAGGCGACUGUGAAAAGGGAGAGAGAGAAGAAGAGCCGUAAGCGUCCUAGACGCGAUGACGACGCGUAA